CGCGUUUAGAGAGACCCCCCAAUUUUAUCUGAUGAACAGCGGACACUGUAAUUUUUUUUUAUAUACAGCGUGUUACUCUAACGCGAAAAUCUGAUAAACCCCGAGUCGCUUUCAAACACCUCCCCACCCAUAAAUUUUUUUCUUUUAUAUUUUAUUUCCUGUGCUCUUCUCUUCUUCUCUCUUUAUCCCUUCGUAGAAUCAUGAAAGCCGUUAACAGAUGCUUGCUUGCAGUCGCGGCUCUAGCUGCCUGCUCUAGCGCUGCCGAUGUCACCUUGGACUGGGACAUCACCUAUACAACCGCCAAUCCUGAUGGUCUCUUCGAAAGAAGAGUCAUUGGUGUGAAUGGCGCCUUUCCUCCACCGGCCAUCAAUGUGACGAUAAACGACACCCUCAUCAUCAAUACUCACAACUCCUUGGACGUCCCUACCUCCCUACACGCACACGGCAUGUUCCAAAACGGAACGGCUUAUUAUGAUGGGCCCGUUGGUGUGACCGAGUGUGGUAUUCCUCCCGGUGGAAAUUUCACCUACGCUAUCCCCAUCACUCAAGUGGGUACUUACUGGAUUCACAGUCACUACCGAGGUCAAUAUAUGGAUGGUUUAAGAGCUCCUUUGAUUCUGAAUGAUCCCACUCCCCCUUAUCACUACGAUGAGGACAUUACUGUCAGCUUGAACGAUUGGUAUCAUGACCAAUCCGAAACUGGCCUUGCUACCUUUAUGAACGUCAAUAACCCCACUGGCGCUGAACCUGUUCCCCAAUCCGGUCUGAUCAACAACAACGCAAACGCGACCUUCAACUUUGUGCCUGGCAAGACCUACCGUGUUCGUCUCAUCAAUAUGUCAGCUUUGGCCAUGUUUAUCUUCUCCAUUGACAACCACACCAUGGACAUUAUUGAAGUGGAGGGUGUUUACACACAACGCAAGACAGUUGACAACAUCUUCUUGACCGCUGCUCAGCGCUACUCUGUUCUUAUUACCGCCAAGAACGACACUAGCAUGAACUACCUCAUGCAUGCUGACAUGAAUCCUGACAUGUUUGAUUCCGUUCCUGACGAUCUUAACCUGAAUGUCACUGCCCCCGUCAUUUACAAUCAGAAUGCUCCCUUCGCUGCUGCCAUGAACACAGAUGAUUCCGUUACCAACUUUGUUGACACUGAACUCGUUCCACUUCAAGCUGAGGCCGUUGCUCCUGCUGAUAUCUCUUACCCAUUGUCAUUUGAUUUCCAAGUCUACUCCGAUGGUAUCAACCGUGGUGCUUUCAAUGGCGUCCCCUAUCUCAUGCCCAAGACUCCUUCUUUGUUGACAGCGCUUACUAUCGGUGCUGAAUAUGCCAAUAACUCUGCAGUGUAUGGUCCUCAAGGCAACGGUCUCAUUGCUCCUCAUUUGAAGAAUAUUCAGUUGGUUGUCAACAACUUGGAUGCUGGUCUUCAUCCUUUCCAUCUUCACGGUCACGUCUUCCAAGUCGUAGCCCGAGGUGAUGGCAUUUUCAAUGAAUCGGUCAACAUCAUCAAUGAAACCCAAUUGAACCCUGUUCGUCGUGACACUGUCCAUAUUCCUGCCGAAUCCUUUGCCGUCAUUCGUUUCCGUGCCGAUAACCCUGCUGUUUGGUUUUUCCAUUGUCACAUUGAAUGGCAUUUGGAGAGUGGACUUGCCGUUCAAAUUAUCGAGGGCCCUGAAGUCAUGGCUGAUCGUGUCAAGCCACCGCAGCAAAUGAUCGACAACUGUGCCGCUUUGGGCUGGAGUACAACGGGUAAUGCUGCCGGUAAGCAAGGCUUGGAUCUCAGCGGUGCUCCCGCCCACGUUGAUUUGAUCUACGACGGCUUCACUGCCAAGGGCAAGGGUGCUAUGGCUGCUUGUAUUAUCUCUGCUCUUCUCGGUAUGGGUACCAUUGUAUGGUAUGCCCAAGGCCAAGUCACUCCUCCAGCUGCUGCCGCAAAGGAAGAGGAAAAGCCAGAAGUUCAGGAGCCUACCCAGUAAAAAAAAAAAAAACAACAACCAACUCGCGCCACUCUAAUAUAUUUCGUUUUUGAAAAUAUUCUUUUAUUUGUACUUUACCUUGUACAUUUCAUUCC